AUGCUCUCUAAUAUCAGCUGUCCCAGAGUCGCAAGGAAGCCUGGAGCAAAUGGUAAAGGCGGUGUUGAUGAAGCAUUCGGAUGGAUGGCUCGUGAAUUCGUAAGAGCGAAAGUCGUUGGAAAGGAGAUUUGCUAUGCAGUGGAGUCUGAGGUGUCCCCGGACCGAGUGUUCGGUUCCAUUUUCCUCAGACAACCUGGUGGAGUUCAGAACCUUGCUUAUCUGCUAGUGAGCGAGGGUCUUGCAAAAGUGAAAAAGGGCGGGCAGGCGUUAGUCGGUGAAAACCCAAGUUUACAGGCCCUGCUUGCCCUCGAAGAAAAAGCCAAGACCGAAAACAAGGGUAUUUGGUCUGAUUCUCCCUCAGGUGCACCUCGAAAUGUAUCGUGGAGCCUGAGUGACCCUGCGGCAUUUUUCUCCGCACACAAAAAAGUGCCUCUACGAGGAAUAGUUGAGUUUAUUCAUGAUGGAAAUACACUACAAAUUCAGUUGCUGCCAGUCGAAGGAGACCCUUCGUUGACUUACAACAACAUCACAAUGUUGUUGUCGGGUCUUAAAGCGCCGGGCUCAAAAAUGGUUGACGGCGUUCGAGUCUGGGAGGAAUUCGCACAGGAUUCAAAAUUUUAUGUCGAGUCACGACUAUUGCAGCAGGAUGUCAGU